UUGUUGCUGGUGCAUCAUCAUCUGACUUGUACACUUUAUGAUGGCUACAGAUCAAUCCACUCACCGCCUUUUGCUACUGUAGCUGCUGAAGAGAUUUCAGUCUCUCAACCUGCAGAAGUGCUGAACUUGGUUCAGGGUAAAUGGAAAGCAUCUUCCAGUUGGAACUCAAUAGUUGAUCCCUUAAAUGGAUAUCCGUUCAUCAACGUUGCAGAAGUUCAGGAAGCAGAAAUAAAGCCAUUUGUAGAGAGCUUGUCUAGCUGUCCAAAACAUGGGCUGCAUAACCCACUCAGAUCCCCAGAAAGAUAUCUUAUGUUUGGAGAGAUAUCUGCAAAAGCGGCUCAUAUGCUUGGACAACCCGAGGUUGAAAAAUUCUUCUCAACGCUUAUUCAGAGAGUUUCUCCAAAGAGUUAUACUCAAGCUCUUGGUGAGGUCCAAGUUACACAAAAAUUCCUGGAAAAUUUUUCUGGAGACCAGGUUCGGUUCCUGGCACGGUCAUUUGCAGUUCCUGGCAACCAUCUUGGACAGCAGAGUAAUGGCUAUCGCUGGCCUCUUCCUGGCACGGUUGCAAUUAUUACUCCCUUUAACUUUCCUCUGGAGAUCCCACUAUUGCAGCUGAUGGGUGCACUUUACAUGGGGAAUAAGCCAGUUUUGAAAGUUGAUAGCAAGGUAAGCAUUGUUAUGGAGCAGAUGCUUCGUUUGCUACACAAGUGUGGGCUGCCUAAGGAGGAUGUGGAUUUCAUCAACUCUGAUGGUAUAACAAUGAACAAGCUUUUAAUGGAGGCAAAACCACAAAUGACUCUCUUUACUGGAAGCUCACGAGUAGCAGAAAAGCUGGCUGCUGAUUUGAAAGGGCGGGUUAAAUUAGAAGAUGCAGGUUUUGACUGGAAAAUCCUGGGUCCAGAUGUACAGGAGGUUGAGUAUGUAGCAUGGGUGUGCGAUCAGGAUGCCUAUGCUUGCAGUGGUCAAAAGUGUUCAGCACAGUCAAUGUUAUUUAUGCAUGAGAAUUGGGACUCAACUAUACUCAUCUCCAUGAUGAAAGGUCUAGCAGAGAGAAGGAAACUUCAAGAUUUAACCAUAGGCCCUGUUCUUACUGUUACAACAGAAAGCAUGAUGGAACACAUCAAUAACCUACUUCAGAUUCCAGGAUCAAAGUUACUCUUUGGCGGAGAACCAUUAAUAGAUCAUUCUAUUCCAAAAAUAUAUGGAGCUAUGCAACCUACGGCUGUUUUUGUUCCCAUUGAGGAGAUCCUCAAAGAAAACACUUUUGCUUUGGUGACAAAAGAAAUUUUUGGCCCCUUCCAGAUUGUUACACAGUACAAGCAAGAUCAACUUAACAUGGUUUUGGAUGCUUGUGAGAGGAUGCAUGCUCAUCUGACUGCUGCAGUUGUAUCGAACGAUCAAUUAUUCUUGCAGGAAGUUCUUGGGAGAUCUGUGAAUGGGACGACAUAUGCUGGUAUGAGAGCAAGGACAACAGGAGCCCCCCAAAAUCACUGGUUUGGGCCUGCUGGAGAUCCGAGAGGUGCGGGAAUUGGAACCCCUGAAGCGAUCAAACUUGUGUGGUCUUGCCACCGGGAGAUCAUAUAUGACAUCGGUCCCUUGCCUAAGAACUGGGAACUCCCGGCCUCAACGUAGAGAAAUAAAAAGGGAAAUUUUUUACAUGUGUGUUCUUGGGUAAAAGGCUUUUAAUGCCCUAAGUUUAUAUGUAGUGAAUAAGCAUUCCUACAUCUCGGGUAUAGAGAGCAUGUAGGAAAAGCAAAAUGUGGCCGCAGGGUUAUAAUAAAGUGUAGACACAAAACAUAAGAGUACUAAUGAGGUCUUUUAUGGUUAUUGCUAGCAAUAUAUCUUGCUUACUAUAUCAAACUUCGUUCUAAUUAAA